GUUGUUGAAUGUCAUUAAAGGUCCAAAGAGCUAUGAGGAUUUAAAAAAGUCAACGGUUGUGAUCAUGAGACUUUUAGAGAUGCAUGUUAUGCUCUGGGUUUAUUAGAUGAUGACAAGGAAUACGUGGAUGCUAUAAUGGAAGCAAGUAAUUGGGGAAUGACAUUAUAUCUUAGGCAAUUAUUUGCUAUGCUACUUUUAUCAAAUUCAAUGUCAUGUCCAGAAAGUGUUUGGCAAGCAACAUGGCAUUUACUAUCAGAAGAUAUCCUUCAUGAAGAAAGAAGAAUAUUGGAUCACCCAGAAGCUGACCUAACAGAUGAAGAAUUGAAAAAUCGUUGUUUGCAAAAGCUUGAAUUUUUUUUGAAAGGUUGUGGAAGAAGUUUUCAGGAUUUUCCAACAAUGCCAAGGCCUGUUUAUAAUAUGGAAGAAGUUGACAACAGUAACAGAUUAAUACGGGAUGAAUUGCGUUAUAAUAAACGCACUUUGACAGAGGAGCAUCAACAAUUAGUAAAGAAUUUGACAGAUGAGCAAAAGUUAGUUUAUGAAAAAAUAAUAAGUGAUGUGAAUGAAGAGAAAGGUGGAUUUUUCUUUUUAUAUGGUUUUGGAGGAACAGAUCUAAAGGAGAUAUUGUGUUAA